CAACAGCCAAGUCCAAAGGGCAGCCCACCAGUUCACCAAAAAAUAUGCUUAAUUUAACUUAGAAAUUUAUGACCCAAGUCUCUAAAACUUCUCUUCGGUAUUGUCCAACUCUCUCAAUCAUCAAUUUGCCAUUUCUGAGCUUUUAUUUUCAUCUCUUGUAAGCAUGUCAAGCUAUGCAGUUGAGUCCACCACACUUGAGACCAGUGAUGGAGUGAAGCUCCGGACAAGGCUCUUCAAGUCCAACGACGAUGAGGUCAAAGACAAAUUGGUGAUUGUUCUUGUCCAUCCAUAUUCAGUCUUGGGUGGUUGUCAAGCUCUUUUGAAAGGAAUAGCAAUUGGGUUGGCAGAGAAAGGUUACAGGGCUGUGACUUUUGACAUGAGAGGUGCUGGGAGGUCCACAGGGAGGCCUUCUCUCACUGGUUUUUCUGAAAUCAAAGAUGUAAUUGCUGUCUGCAAAUGGGUUUGUGAAAAUCUAUCAACUGACAGGAUUUUGUUGGUGGGUUCUUCUGCAGGUGCUCCAAUUGCAGGAUCUGCAGUAGAUGAGAUUAAGGAAGUGGUUGGAUAUGUAAGUUUGGGAUACCCUUUUGGCAUGAUGGCCUCAAUCCUUUUUGGGCGACAUCACAAGGCCAUCUUACAGUCUCCAAAGCCAAAACUCUUUGUUAUGGGAACCCGGGAUGGGUUUACCAGUGUUAAGCAGCUGCAGAACAAGCUAAGAUCUGCUUCAGGGCGCAUUGAAACACAUCUAAUUGAAGGAGCUGGCCACUUCCAAAUGGAAGGCCCUGUUUAUGAUACUCAGAUGGUGAACCUUAUCCUCACAUUUAUUGCAUCUUUAUAGGACUAUUAGGUAGUCUGAGUUGACGUUUAUUUCAUCUAUAGGACUCGUAGGUAUCUUCUACUUGUGAUGGUUUAGAUUGCCUUCUGUGAUCACUGUGUAUUGUUAGCAUUUGCUGAUUUUUAAUCUUUGUUUAACUUGCAGGAUGUAA